AUGUGGACGUGGACGUGGACGUGGACGUGGACGUGGACCUGGACGUGGACGUGGACGUGGACGUGGACCUGGACGUGGACAUGGACGUGGACGUGGACGUGGACGUGGACGUGGUCGUGGACGUGGACGUGGACGUGGAGGUGGACGUGGACGUGGACGUGGUCGUGGACGUGGUCGUGGACGUGGACGUGGACGUGGACGUGGACGUGGACGUGGACGUGGACAUGGACGUGGACGUGUGGACGUGGACAUGGACGUGGACGUGGACGUGGACGUGGACGUGGUCGUGGACGUGGUCGUGGACGUGGACGUGGACGUGGACGUGGACGUGGUCGUGGACGUGGACGUGGACGUGGACAUGGUCGUGGACGUGGACGUGGACGUGGACGUGGACGUGGACGUGGACAUGGUCGUGGACGUGGACGUGGACGUGGACAUGGACGUGGACGUGGACGUGGACGUGGACAUGGACGUGGACGUGGACGUGGGCGUGGACAUGGACGUGGACGUGGACGUGGACAUGGACGUGGACGUGUGGACGUGGACGUGGACGUGGACGUGGACGUGGUCGUGGACGUGGUCGUGGACGUGGACGUGGACGUGGACGUGGACGUGGUCGUGGUCGUGGACGUGGUCGUGGACGUGGACGUGGACGUGGACGUGGACCUGGACGUGGACGUGGACAUGGACGUGGACGUGGACGUGGACGUGGACGUGGACGUGGACAUGCUCGUGGACGUGGACGUGGACGUGGACGUGGACGUGGACAUGGACGUGGACGUGGACGUGGACGUGGACAUGGACAUGGACGUGGACGUGGACAUGGACGUGGACGUGUGGACGUGGAUGUGGACGUGGACGUGGACGUGGACGUGGUCGUGGACGUGGUCGUGGACGUGGACGUGGACGUGGACGUGGACGUGGACGUGGACAUGGUCGUGGACGUGGACGUGGACGUGGACGUGGACAUGGACGUGGUCGUGGACGUGGUCGUGGACGUGGACGUGGACGUGGACGUGGACGUGGACGUGGACGUGGUCGUGGACGUGGUCGUGGACGUGGACGUGGACGUGGACGUGGACGUGGACGUGGACGUGGACAUGGACGUGGACGUGGACGUGGACGUGGACGUGGACGUGGACAUCGUCGUGGACGUGGACGUGGACGUGGACGUGGACGUGGACGUGGACGUGGACAUGGACGUGGACGUGGACAUGGUCGUGGACGUGGACGUGGACGUGGACAUGGACGUGGACGUGGACGUGGACCUGGACAUGGACGUGGACGUGGACGUGGACGUGGACAUGGACGUGGACGUGUGGACGUGGACGUGGACGUGGACGUGGACGUGGACCUGGACGUGGACGUGGACGUGGACCUGGUCGUGGACGUGGACGUGGAGACGGACGUGGACGUAGACAUGGACGUGGACGUAAACUUGGACGUGGACGUGGACGUGGACGUGGACGUGGACUUGGACAUGGUCGUGGACGUGGACGUGGACGUGGACAUGGACGUGGAAGUGGACGUGGACAUGGACGUGGACGUGGACGUGGAGAUGGACGUGGACGUGGACGUGGACGUGGACCUGGACGUGGACGUGGACGUGGACGUGGACGUGGACGUGGACGUGGACCUGGACGUGGACGUGGACCUGGACGUGGACGUGGACGUGGUCAUGGACGUGGUCGUCGACGUGGACGUGGACGUGGACGUGGAUGUGGACGUGGACGUGUGGACGUGGACGUGGACGUGGACGUGGUCGUGGACGUGGUCGUGGACGUGGUUGUGGACGUGGACGUGUACGUGGACGUGGACGUGGACGUGGACGUGGACGUGGUCGUGGACGUGGUCGUGGACGUGGACGUGGACGUGGGCGUGGACGUGGACGUGGACGUGGACCUGGAGAUGGACGUGGACGUGGACGUGGACGUGGACGUGGACGUGGACGUGGACAUGAUCGUGGACGUGGACGUGGACGUGGACGUGGACGUGGACUUGGACAUGGUCGUGGACGUGGACGUGGACGUGGACAUGGACGUGGACAUGGACGUGGACGUGGACGUGGACGUGGACAUGGACGUGGACGUGUGGACGUGGACGUGGACGUGGACACGUAAACUUGGACGUGGACGUGAACGUGGACGUGGACGUGGAAGUGGACAUGGACGUGGACGUGGACGUGGACGUGGACGUGGACAUGGUCGUGGACGUGGACGUGGACCUGGUCGUGGACGUGGACGUGGACGUGGACGUGGACAUGGACAUGGACGUGGACGUGGACGUGGACGUAAACUUGGACGUGGACGUGGACAUGGACGUGGACGUGGACGUGGACUUGGACGUGGACAUGGUCGUGGACGUGGACGUGGACGUGGACAUGGAUGUGGACGUGGACGUGGACAUGGACGUGGACGUGGACGUGGACAUGGACGUGGACGUGGACGUGGACGUGGACGUGGUCGUGGACGUGGUUGUGGACGUGGUCGUGGACGUGGACGUGGACGUGGACGUGGACGUGGUCGUGGACGUGGACGUGGACGUGGACGUGGACCUGGACGUGGACCUGGACGUGGACGUGGACGUGGACGUGGACGUGGACGUGGACGUGGACGUGGACAUGGUCGUGGACGUGGACGUGGACGUGGACGUGGACGUGGACGUGGACGUGGACAUGGUCAUGGACGUGGACGUGGACGUGGACAUGGACGUGGACGUGGACGUGGACGUGGACAUGGACGUGGACGUGGACGUGGACGUGGACAUGGACGUGGACGUGUGGACGUGGACGUGGACGUGGACGUGGACGUGGACGUGGACGUGGACGUGGACCUGGACGUGGACGUGGACAUGGACGUGGACGUGGACGUGGACGUUGACGUGGACGUGGUCGUGGUCGUGGUCGUGGACGUGGACGUGGACGUGGACGUGGACGUGGACCUGGACGUGGACGUGGACGUGGACGUGGACGUGGACAUGGUCGUGGACGUGGACGUGGACGUGGACGUGGACAUGGUCGUGGACGUGGACGUGGACAUGGACGUGGACGUGGACAUGGACGUGGACGUGGACGUGGACUUGGACAUGGACGUGGACGUGUGGACGUGGACGUGGACGUGGACGUGGACGUGGACGUGGACCUGGACGUGGACCUGGACGUGGACGUGGACCUGGACGUGGACAUGGACGUGGACGUGGACGUGGACGUGGACAUGGUCGUGGACGUGGACGUGGACGUGGACGUGGACGUGGACGUGGACAUGGUCGCGGACGUGGACGUGGACGUGGACGUGGACGUGGACCUGGACGUGGACGUGUGGACGUGGACGUGGACGUGGACGUGGACGUGGACGUGGACGUGUGGACGUGGACGUGGACGUGGACGUGGACGUGGACGUGGACGUGGACGUGGACGUGGACGCGGACGUGGACAUGGACGCGGACGUGGACAUGGUCGUGGACGUGGACGUGAACGUGGACGUGGACGUGGACAUGGUCGUGGACGUGGACGUGGACGUGGACAUGGACGUGGACGUGGACGUGGACGUGGACAUGGACGUGGACGUGUGGACGUGGACGUGGACGUGGACGUGGACGUGGUCGUGGACGUGGACGUGGACGUGGACGUGGACGUGGUCGUGGACGUUGACGUGGACGUGGACGUGGACGUGGACGUGGUCGUGGACGUUGACGUGGUCGUGGACGUGGACGUGGACGUGGACGUGGACGUGGACGUGGACGUGGACGUGGACGUGGACGUGGACGUGGACAUGGACGUGGACGUGGUCGUGGACGUGGACGUGGACGUGGACGUGGACGUGGACGUGGACGUGGUCGUGGACGUGGACGUGGACGUGGACGUGGACGUGGACGUGGACGUGGACGUGGUCGUGGACGUGGACGUUGACGUGGACGUGGACGUGGACGUGGACGUGGACGUGGACGUGGACGUGGACGUGGACGUGGACCUGGACGUGGACGUGGACGUGGACGUGGACCUGGACGUGGACCUGGACGUGGACGCGGACCUGGUCGUGGACGUGGACGUGGACGUGGACGUGGACGUGGACAUGGUCGCGGACGUGGACGUGGACGUGGACGUGGACGUGGACCAGGUCGUGGACGCGUGGACGUGGACGUGGACGUGGACGUGGACGUGGACGUGGACGUGUGGACGUGGACGUGGACGUGGACGUGGACGUGGACGGGGACGUGUGGACGUGGACGUGGACGUGGACGUGGACGUGGACGGGGACGUGGACGUGGACGCGGAUGUGGACAUGGACGCGGACGUGGACAUGGUCGUGGACGUGGACGUGGACGUGGACGUGGACGUGGACAUGGUCGUGGACGUGGACGUGGACGUGGACAUGGACGUGGACGUGGACGUGGACGUGGACAUGGACGUGGACGUGUGGACGUGGACGUGGACGUGGACGUGGACGUGGUCGUGGACGUGGACGUGGACGUGGACGUGGUCGUGGACGUUGA